AUGAUUGUAAUUGCUUAUGCAACUAAGUUCAAAGAGUUUUCUAGGUUCUUCCCUCAUUACAAUGGGGAAAAAAAUGGAAAUCAAAACCAUGGAAAACCUUACGGAGCUCCAGCUGAUAAGGGAGAUAAUAAGGCUACAUAUGGGAAAGGAACAAGUGGGGGAGGCACUCCUGCUUCUGUCAGAUGUUUCAACUAUGGAGUGAUGGGUCAUCGUGCUAAUCAGUGUAAGAGUUCUGGUCAGAAAUGUUUCAAGUGUGGGAAGCUAGUACACCGUAUUGUUGAGUGUAAGAGUAUUUGUCUGACUUGUUACAACUGUGGAGAACCUGGUCAUAUUAGUACCAAAUUCCAGAAGCCAAAGAAAGCUCAGUUUAGGGGAAAGUUGAAUCUUAAAGUGUCUUCUAUGAUUGGGAGUAUGAACAUUGAUACCCUAACUAAUGGUUUAGCGUCUACUUUGUUGGUUUGUUUGAGUUAUCCUUUGACAAUUUAUGGUAAGGACUUUGGUAUUGACUUAAUCUUCCUACCAUUAAGUCAACUUGAUGUUAUCCUGGGAAUGAAUUGGUUGGAGUUCAACCGUGUUCAUAUCAUCUGUUUUGACAAGACAAUGUUGUUUCAUGAGUUUGAAGAAGGUGAAGAUCUGAUGUUUAUGUCUGCUAAUCAAGUGGAAAAGUCCUUGAAGGAUAAUGCUCGAAUGUUCAUGAUGAUUGCUUCUUUGAAAGAUACAAGCCAAGACGUCAUUGGUGAUCUUCGAGUGGUGUGUGAUUUUCCAGAUGUGUUUCUAGACGACACUAGUGAUUUGUCGCCUGAGCACGAGGUUGAGUUCGCCAUAAACUUAGUACCUAGUACUAGUCUCGUAUUGAUGGCACCUUACACAAUGUUUUCUUCAGAACUGAGUGAGAUGAAGAAACAAUUAGAGGAUAUGCUUAAGAAUAAGUUUGUUCGACCUAGUGUUUCACCACGGGGAGCACCAGUGUUGUUUGUAAAGAAGAAAGAUGAUAACAUGAGGUUAUUCGCUGAUUAUCGAUAA